AUGAUCAGCUCGGUGUGUGUGUCCUCCUACCGCGGGCGCAAGUCGGGGAACAAGCCUCCAUCCAAAACAUGUCUGAAGGAGGAGAUGGCCAAGGGCGAGGCGUCGGAGAAGAUCAUCAUCAACGUGGGCGGCACGCGACAUGAGACCUACCGCAGCACCCUGCGCACCCUCCCCGGCACCCGCCUCGCCUGGCUGGCCGACCCGGACGGCGGGGGCCGGCCCGAGUCCGAUGGCGGCGGGGCGGGCAGCAGCGGCAGCAGCGGCGGCGGCGGCGGCGGCGGGGGCUGCGAGUUCUUCUUCGAUCGGCACCCGGGCGUCUUCGCGUACGUGCUCAACUACUACCGCACCGGCAAGCUGCACUGCCCCGCCGACGUGUGCGGGCCGCUGUUCGAGGAGGAGCUCACCUUCUGGGGCAUCGACGAGACCGACGUGGAGCCCUGCUGCUGGAUGACCUACCGGCAGCACCGCGACGCCGAGGAGGCGCUGGACAUCUUCGAGAACCCGGACGGAGGCGGCGGCGCGGGGCCCGGGGACGAGGCCGGCGACGAGGAGCGGGAGCUGGCCCUGCAGCGCCUGGGGCCCCACGAGGGAGGCGCGGGCUCCGGCGCCGGGGCCGGGGGCUGCCGCGGCUGGCAGCCCCGAAUGUGGGCACUCUUCGAGGACCCCUACUCCUCCAGGGCGGCCAGGGUGGUGGCCUUUGCCUCUCUCUUCUUCAUCCUGGUCUCCAUCACCACCUUCUGCCUGGAGACCCACGAGGCCUUCAACAUCGACCGCAACGUGACGGAGAUCCACCGCGUGGGGAACACGACCAGCGUGCGCUUCCGGCGGGAGGUGGAGACGGAGCCCGUCCUGACCUACAUCGAGGGCGUGUGCGUGCUGUGGUUCACCCUGGAGUUCCUGGUGCGCGUCGUGUGCUGCCCGGACACGCUGGACUUCGUCAAGAACCUGCUGAACAUCAUCGACUUCGUGGCCAUCCUGCCCUUCUACCUGGAGGUGGGGCUGAGCGGCCUGUCGUCCAAGGCGGCCCGCGACGUGCUGGGCUUCCUGCGGGUCGUGCGCUUCGUGCGCAUCCUGCGCAUCUUCAAGCUCACGCGCCACUUCGUGGGGCUGCGCGUGCUGGGCCACACGCUGCGCGCCAGCACCAACGAGUUCCUGCUGCUCAUCAUCUUCCUGGCGCUCGGCGUGCUCAUCUUCGCCACCAUGAUCUACUACGCCGAGCGCAUCGGCGCCCGGCCCUCCGACCCGCGGGGCAACGACCACACCGACUUCAAGAACAUCCCCAUCGGCUUCUGGUGGGCCGUGGUCACCAUGACGACGCUGGGCUACGGGGACAUGUACCCCAGGACGUGGUCGGGCAUGCUGGUGGGGGCGCUGUGUGCGCUGGCCGGGGUGCUGACCAUCGCCAUGCCGGUGCCCGUCAUCGUCAACAACUUCGGCAUGUACUACUCGCUGGCCAUGGCCAAGCAGAAGCUGCCCAAGAAGCGGAAGAAGCACGUGCCGCGUCCGCCCCAGCUCGAGUCGCCCGUCUACUGCAAGUCCGAGGACACCUCGCCCCGGGACAGCACCUACAGCGACGCCAGCCCCGCGGCCCAGGAAGAGGGUCUGGUCGAGAGGAAGCGGGCAGAUUCCAAGCAGAACGGAGAUGCCAACGCCAUGCUGUCGGAUGAGGAGGGAGCGGGCCUCACCCAGCCCCUGGCCUCCGCCCCCAGCCCGGAGGAGCGCCGGGCCCUGCGCCGGGCCGGCACCCGAGACAGAAACAAGAAGGCGGCCGCCUGCUUCCUGCUCAGCGCCGGGGACUACGCCUGCGCCGACGGCAGUGUCCGGAAAGAGACCUGCCAAGACGCUCUCUCGUCCAACUAUGCCCAGGCCGAAGUCCUCACCCUCUCUUAAAGCGGCAGCAGCGUGAGAGAGACAGGCAGACAGACAGAAAGCCAGAGGCUUAGGGAAACUCUGGACCCCAGGCAAGCACACCUUUCGCUGGGCAAGACUUGCUGGCUCAGGACUGACGGAGAACCUCCCGCGUGACCCUCGGGGCCCGGAGCCAUCCGGGUCCGACGUUUUGUUCUGUUGUGAUUGAAGAGCUGUAAAUGCACAUAUAGUAUCUAUAUUCAUACAUACUGUACUCGUGUGUGUAGUGCACGUGCUAUUGGUGGUCUGUCUUCGUCAGGCUGUCUCCCCGAGCCCUUGCCCCUCCCCCAGGCCCCCCUUCCCUCCCCUCCCCUGACCCCUUGUUUGCGUUGUACGUGCCGCGUGUGCAACGUCCCCGGAAAAGUGCGCCUGGGAACCGCCAGUCCCGCUGGGUGGGCCCAGGCCCGACUCGCCCUGUAGGGGCGUUUCCCUGCGGGCCGGUGGCCUGUGCAAGGACGGGUUGUCCCCGGGGUCACUGCCCCACGAGCCCCACCCCACCCCAGAUUGGGGUUCUACCUCCCACCCCACGCCCCAGUUGUGGGGGGACUUCCAGGGGCUUCUCUGCGGCUUCUUUCACCCCUCCCCCCCCUUCCCUGUGUCCUUGA